UUUUUUUUUUAUAUCUUCAAUUGGAUCCUCAUCUUUCUUUUCCUCUCUCCAUCUCCAUUGAUAGAUCUCCUUUUCAAUUCCACGCCUCCCUCUUGCCUUCUCUUCCUCUGAAAAUCCUCGACAGUGCCACAUAACCACAAUUUGGUGAUCAAGAUGCGCCAACUUGACUCAAUCCUUGCAGCUGACCCUGAUGUUGAUGCUCAACAUAAUCCAUAUCCAACACAUCGAUCCCGCAACCCCGGUUCUCCUAAACCAACCCCAAAACCAACCUCAAAACCGAAACCGAAACCAAAACCAAAACCAACCUCAAAACCUAGACCAAAGCCUAAACCCACACCAACUCGCCGGCAUCGUCGCCCAAGGCCCUCACCCACAAAAACUAGAAGUCGUAAUCCUUCCCGACCUACAAGGUCACCACGCCCCACUAGGUCGCCGCGUCCCACCCGAUCUUCGAUUCGUGAACCAUCCACAUCCAGUGUAUACCCAACUAAUACCUCAUUACCACCAUGUACAUCAUUUCCACAGCCAACGGCAACGCAAUCCAGUAUCUACCUUCCGCCACCACCAGGGCCUGUGCCCACCUCCGUUUCGAGCUCGCCUUCCAUUACUUUUCCAUUUCCAUCACCUUCUGUACCCGUAAUAACUAGUCCAUCCAGUCCAUCCAGUCCAUCCAGUCCAUCCAGUCCAUCCAGUCCAUCCAGUCCGUCCGAUUCAUCUAGCCCAUCUAUAAUACCAACCGUGACAUCUACUACAAUCACCAUUUCUACCUCCACCACCUCGUCAAUCAUCACCCCACCACCUUCAGGAUCACCAGAUCCAAAUCCUUCUAAAAUGUCGGGCGCAUCUUCAUCGUCCUUGGCUGCAAUCUUGGGAGGAGUCGUAGGAGCGAUUGUAUUAUUUAGUCUUAUCGCCCUUGCGUUUUAUCGGCAUCAUGAACGGAAGCGUGCUCGAAUGGAGUACAUGAACGUCGGGACCAGCGAUGGCUCGUUCCAUCCAGAGAUGGAGGAAGGGCCCCGCACAGCGUUUAGACAUGAAUCGUUCAUGGCACUCGUCCAGGAUGCAGCCAAAGGAUUCUAUGCACCUACGAUGGAUAUGGAUCCUGCAGGUCCUUCAGGCACUUCUGGUGCUGCUGGAGCAGGAGCAGGAGCAGGAGUAGGUCCCUAUAAUGCUUACUACCCAUCGGGUGGAUUGGGUCAUCAGGGCGAACAGCCCAGUUAUGGUCAGGCAGUGCCCUAUAAGGGCAAUCGCCGCUCAGAGAGUGGACAGAGUUUACAAUAUUUAGAGAUUGGUUCCGGAUCACCAUCAUCUCCGCCUAAUGCACAUGUUCAGCCUCCCUAUCGAUAUGAUUAGAUUUUUUAUUUUAUUUUUUUAUGAUGUUUUAUACCUCCCCUUCUAUUCAAAAAGAAAUGUAGAUAGCCCAUUUUAAUCUUUUUGUUGUUGUUAAUAGCACAGCACAGCCCAAGC